GCCCAGGUAAUAGACAUCACUACUGGAAGGGCUGUGGAACCUGAGUCUGAGUUUGUCAUCAAAGUUUCGGAUAUCAAUGACAAUGAACCAAAAUUCCUAGAUGAACCUUAUGAGGCCAGUGUACCAGAGAUGUCUCCAGAAGGUAUUGCAUAUUAAUUUACAUCAAAGAUAUAUUAACAAUGAAAGCAGGUUUAAAAUUUCAAGGAUAUGUUUUGGAAGUAGAUGAUUAAAGUUCUAUACUAGAACUUCCUUCCUCAAAUAUGUUUAAGUAAAAUAUUUGAAAAAAUAGGCUAUGCAUCAAAAUUUCAAAAAAAAAAUACUACAUAAAAAUUAUUUAUGUUAUUAAUAUGCCAUCACAGUCUUCACAGCAAUAAAAUAAGUUUAGACAUGUUUAUUUGAGCAAUUCUUAAUAUUAGUUGUCCUGCUCAUUUACUAGAUUCUUAAUUACAAGAAUUUUUAGAACAAAAUAUAUUUUUGUAUCUCAUAAAAGCAAAUAAGAUAAUCCCACAAGAUAUGCAUAUUGAAAUAUGAAAAGUGAAUUUAUUACACACGAUCGUAUACAUCAAAACCAUAAAACAAAACCACUAAGACAAAACCAAGUGGUUGAACAUCUGUGUGUGGCUGUAUUUAUUUGAAGAUCCUUUUCAAAACCCUAUGUUGUUGUUGCUAAUAUUUUAAAUAUAAUACAUUUAGGAGAGAAUGGUUUCUAUAAGAUAAAAGAAUUGAGUGUCCUGGAAAUAAGAAAUGUCUUUCCAGUAAAGGGGAAAUUGUGAUUAUGCAAAAUUUCUCUCAGUCAUUCACUCAAAACAUUUUCAUAGCACAAUAUACCAUAAAGCUUAAAUCAAAAAUUUAUUAACAGUAACAAAUAAAUGUGAUUCAUAACGAUCAUUUUAAAUUAUGGUAUUAUGCUUAUAACUACUUUACCUCAUUAAUUCAUUCACUAGAAAAUGAUUCUACAAAUACAUAGUCUAUCAUAUUAUUUUCUGAUUGUUUGUUUUUUAACAUUCUAGGUAGGAAUUUAAAGACGUAGUUCUACAUUGUUUAGAACAUCUUAGGUCUUUAAAUACAGCAGAAACAAAUUUGCCUGUGUAAUGUAUAUCAAGACACAUUAUUGUUAGGUGUAAACAGCACUUUAAAUUACCCUACUUUGGUAGCUAGGUGAAGAAACAGUUUGUCUUCCUCCUCCCUCGCUCUCCUUCUUCUCCUCCUUUCCCCUGCUGCCCUCUCAUCUCUCUCCUUAUUCCCUCUCUUCCCUCUUCCCUCUCUUCCUCCUUCCUCUCUAUGCUUCUUCCUUUUCUUCCUCUGCCUCCUUCUUAUUCUUUAGCAAGCAUAUAUUACAAUCUUAACAUUUGCAAGGAAUCUUCUUGUGAAACUAUAGUCAGAAUUGUAAAGGAGAUAAAGGAGUUACCUGCUAAUAUGAAGCAUAUACAAAAAGAAAAAGUUAUUUUUAAUUAAAAGAGGUAACAUAUGAUAAUGUAUAUUAUAAAAGUGUUAUGCAUGGCUGAGGUAUGCUGAUUAUUAACUGUCUGGAGAAAACAGAACAUUUUAGGAAGUGAUAUUUGAGGUGAACGAUACACAGAGCCCACCCAUACCACAUUCUAUGGAAAAAAAAGUUCCAUAGCAGAGUGCUUAUGACGGCAUGAAUCAAUAUGAGAGUCAUCGAUAUGUAUAGCACAUAUGUCAGGCACAACAGUGAAUGAGAUCCUUUUGGCAGAGAAUGUAGCUAGAGAAGAGAAAAGCAUCCGGGCUGACUUGACUGUUAAGCAAAAAGCAGUCGGCUGGCAAAUUAGAAUGAGCGGGAUUGGCAAGUGUUGUAGGAAGAAGAGAAAGAUAUGAGGAAAUAUGUUCCAAAAGAAGAGAUUCUCUCAACCGUGUGGAAUGCUGCUGUGAGGCUAAGAUUAAGACAGAGUGGUGACUUUGGAUUUGGUACAUUAGUCAUCCAAGUGACAGCAAGUGAUGCUGAUGAUCCUUCAAGUGGUAAUAAUGCUCGCCUCCUCUACAGCUUACUACAAGGCCAGCCAUAUUUUUCUGUUGAACCAACAACAGGAGUCAUAAGAAUAUCGUCUAAAAUGGAUAGAGAACUGCAAGACGAGUAUUGGGUAAUCAUUCAAGCGAAGGAUAUGAUUGGUCAGCCAGGAGCAUUGUCUGGCACAACGAGUGUAUUGAUUAAACUUUCAGAUGUUAAUGACAAUAAGCCUAUAUUUAAAGAAAGUUUAUACCGCCUGAGUGUCUCUGAAUCUGCAGCUACUGGGACUUCCAUAGGAACAAUCAUGGCAUAUGAUAAUGACAUAGGAGAGAAUGCAGAAAUGGAGUACAGCAUUGAAGAGGAUGAUUCACAGACAUUUGACAUCAUUACUAAUAAUGAAACUCAAGAAGGAAUAGUUAUAUUAAAAAAGAAAGUGGAUUUUGAGCACCAGAACCACUAUGGUAUUAGAGCAAAAGUUAAAAACCAUCAUGUUGAUGAGCAGCUCAUGGAAUACCACACUGAAGCUUCCACCACUUUUAUUAGGAUCCAGGUGGAAGAUGUUGAUGAGCCUCCCCUUUUCCACCUUCCGUAUUACAUAUUUGAAGUUCUUGAAGAAAACCCACAUGGAUUAUUUGUAGGCAUGGUGUCUGCCACAGACCCAGACAAUAGGAAAUCUCCUAUCAGGUAUUCUGUUGCUAGAAGCAAAAUGUUCAAUAUUGAUGACAAUGGCACAAUCACCACAACUAGCCCACUGGAUCGGGAAAUCAGCGCCUGGUACAACCUAAGUAUUACAGCCACAGAAAAAUACAAUAUAGAACAGAUCUCUUCAAUCCCUGUGUAUGUGCAAGUUCUCAAUAUCAAUGAUCAUGCUCCUGAGUUCUCUCAAUACUAUGAGACUUAUGUUUGUGAAAAUGCAGGCUCUGGUCAGGUAAUUCAGACUAUCAGUGCAGUGGAUAGAGAUGAAUCCAUAGAAGAGCACCAUUUUUACUAUAAACUAUCUGUAGAAGACACUAACAAUUCAAGUUUUACAAUCAUAGAUAAUCAAGAUAACACAGCUGUCAUUUUGACUAAUAGAACUGGUUUUAACCUACAAGGAGAGCCUGUCUUCUACAUCUCCAUCUUAAUUGCCGACAAUGGAACCCCGUCACUUACAAGUACAAACACCCUUACUGUCCAUGUCUGUGACUGUGAUGACACUGGGAGCACACAGACCUGCCAGUACCAGGAACUUAUGCUUUCCAUGGGAUUCAAGACGGAAGUCAUAAUUGCUGUUCUCAUUUGCAUUAUGAUAAUAUUUGGGUUUAUUUUUUUGACUUUGGGCUUAAAACAACGAAGGAAACAGAUUCUAUUUCCUGAGAAAAGUGAAGAUUUCAGAGAGAAUAUAUUCCAAUACGAUGAUGAAGGGGGUGGAGAAGAAGAUACAGAGGCCUUCGAUAUAGCAGAGCUGAGGAGUGGUACCGUAAUGCGGGAACGCAAGGCUGGGAAAACCACCAGCGCCGAGAUCAGGAGCCUAUACCGGCAGUCUUUGCAAGUUGGCCCCGACAGUGCCAUAUUCAGGAAGUUCAUUCUGGAAAAGCUCGAAGAAGCUAAUACUGAUCCGUGUGCUCCUCCUUUUGAUUCUCUCCAGACCUACGCUUUUGAGGGAACAGGGUCAUUAGCUGGAUCCCUGAGCUCCUUAGAAUCAGCAGUCUCUGAUCAGGAUGAAAGCUAUGAUUACCUUAACGAGUUGGGACCUCGCUUUAAAAGAUUAGCAUGCAUGUUUGGUUCUGCAGUGCAGUCAAAUAAUUAGGGCUUUUUAACAUCAAAAAUUUUUAAAGUGCUAAUCUGUAUUCGAACGAAAUGGUAGUCUUGGUAAAGCGUUUUGUGUCUUGGCGUUUUGGCUGGGAAAGCCCUAGUCUACAGAGUUUUGUGAUUUCCCUGGAGUAAAUACCCAAUGGCUAUUUUAAGCUACCUACAUGCUGUCGUUGAACAGAAAUGUGGGAAGAGAUGUAAACAAUCAACUCACACGCAUCAAUACAAGCCAGCUCUAGCAUAUGACUAAAAUAUUCCUCUAUUAUUUUUCAAUGUCAUCUAAUGCAAAUGUUCAAAAUUUUUAAAUGGUAAAUGUGAGAAAGGCACUGGAUUGAGUUAUCUUAGUGUUAUUUUAUUUACCCAAUUUUCUUCUUUCACAGUGUAAGAAUAAAAUAUUUAUGUGGCUAAAUUCUUGAUGUGGAGAUAAACUUUAACACCUAGGAUAAUGUGGGUGAUUACAUGUUUAAAAGCAUUUAACUUAUAUGAAAAGCAGAUUUCUGGCUAAAAUUCCAUGGUUCAUUCUAGUUUGAUAUUUUAAAACCUUUGCCAAGAGCACUCUUGAAAACUGAUUUCAGAUUUGAACAGAUACUUGGUAUAUAUUAAUUAAUCAGAGUUAUAUAGUAUAAAUUUGUAUUUUUUUAUAUUACAACUUUGUAUAAAAAGAGAAAAUAUAUUUAGGACUUGUCAUAGAUUAUCUUCAUAUGCAACUCAAAACACAUUCUUAUCAUGUCAAAAUAAAAUGGCACAAUACAAGUCAAUAUUUACUCAUAAUUAAAUGCAAAAUUUAUGAAAUUGGUGGAAAGUGUGGAAAAUCUGAGGUGACAUUUUAUACGUACUAAAAAUGAUUUAGACAAGUUAAAGGAAUACUGGAUUCAUACUUCAAUUACUAUUAACUCUAAUGUGAUCAACUGAAUUGACUGUUACCCGUCACAGAAUAAAACAUCACUCAAUUCUCAGUAUUUCCUUUUCUGUUAAGAGCUUAGAAUGACUGAUGCUUCAGUGUCAUUUUUUACAUUUCUGAAUACAAAAUUAGAUGCAAUAGUUUGUUUAUUGUAGCCUUAAGAAGGAAAGUAAUGCUAAGCUGUUGGGCAUAAAGCUUUAUGGUAACAUUAGAUAACAAGAAUAAAACACUUUAAUUGUAAUUGACCUUUUAAGAAUGAUCUUUAUUAUAUCCAAAUCAAGGUGGACUUCAAAAUUUAUAGUUUGAACAAGAAGAAAGUAGUGAAUACAAAGUUCUUAAAAUUGAUUCAUAUGAUUAUUUUUUAUUAAUAGCAUGUGAAACUGAGCUGAACCAAAUUGGCCAUAUGUGUUUAAAUCAAAUAAUUUGAGUAAUUUUGAACUAUGGAUGGAGUAGUUACAUGGUUAUAAUAUUUGUUUUUGGUACUUUGAAAUUUAAAUAUCUAUAUCACAUGAUAAAGAAAGUUUUUCAUCAAUAUGAAACAGGCAUCAUUAGGUUGGUGACACAAAUAUGAUUACUUCACAAAAGCAUGAGAAAAUCAGAUUUCAAGUAAAAUAAUUUAGGAAGAUUUUAAAAGUAUAUGUGAAGACAUAAGAUGUAGUUAACCCUUAUGCAUUGAUAUCAUUAUUUACUUUGGAAAGAGUAAAAAUACCAAACAAGAGAAAAUUUCAAAGAGCAAAAAUUUGCAAGUCAAAUAGAAAUGUACAAACUGAAAGAACAUUUAAAUUUCUAUGAUAUUGACAUGAAAAUUGAAAAUGUAAAAAAGAAUGCUAAAUAAUAUUGGUAGAAAACUAGAAAGUAUGAUAUACAACAGAUGGAGGAAUCCAUGGAAAAUAGACUAGUAAAACGAAAUAAGACUUUCUGGGGAUCACAGAAAUUUUGUUUGAAUAAAAACCUUAUAAACAAUGAAUAAAUUUGGAUGAACAACUCAUUAAAAUGCAUAUUAAUGGAAUACCUAUACAAAUAGUUUUAACAUUUGUGUCCAGUGGCAGAAAAAAUAUAUAUUAAUCUAGAUCCUGGUUGAGUUGAUGAUAAGAUUGUCAAUCAUAAGAUACACAGGAAAAGCACAGACACAAUUGCACAUCUGUUUGGUAGUCUAAAAUAUGUUCCUUUUAACCACAUCAAAAGAUACUAUCUGAUUUUAGUAGAGAAGUUGCAACUUUCUAGAAAUUAUACCUUGUAAUAUUUUCAAGAACUAUUUUAUGUUUUUUCCAGUCACAUGAGUGUUGCAAGAACACAGCUCUUAAGCUAAGGGCAUUACACUAAGAAUUUACCUUUGUAAAUUGUAAUAAAGUCUAAAUUAAUGCAAAAUACUUAUGAAAAUAACCUAGCUUCCCAGUAAUACCCACAGUACUUAAUUAUCCCCCUCAGUUGACUCACAGCUUUGUAUGUAAGUUUUAAAUUGUUAAUGGUAAAAAUAAGAAAGUUAAGACCAGUGCUUGUGCAUGAGCCUAACAGACCUGUGUUUAAAUUAGUUGCUUUCAAUUAAACAAACGUAUAAUAUGUGCUAAACUGCAUAAUCUUUCCAGACCUCACUUUGUAAUCUGUAAAAUGAGGUUCAAUCAACCUAUUUCACAUGGUUGUUAUGAAGAAUUAAUAAUAAGAUAAUGUAAAACCAGCAGCACCAACACUGCCUGACAAAAUGUAACUGCUCAAUAAACAACAGUGGAUUAUUAUAACAACACCUGAUGUUAUUCUGUUGGAACACGUGGUCUGUUUCUUUCCCAACUCUGGGUGAUCUCCACAGCUUCACAGCACAAUGACAAUAAAAGUUAACUUCCUCACCUUCCGCAUAAGUCAUGAACUUUCCCACCCCUACUUACUUCUGCAGUUUCUCCCCUUUCCUCUCUCCACCUCAGUUACUAAAGCAGUCUUCCUUCAGACACUUCUAUUACUUCACUUCAUUCAGGUGUGUGAUCAGCUGCAACUUCCUCAGAAAGACCACUGCUGCUUCCAGUGACCCUGGCUUUGUCUUGCUUUGUAUUAAAUUACUCAGCUACCUGGUAUUACUGUUGUCUUUAUUCAUUAUUCAAAUAUAAACUUCAGUGGGCAAGGAAUUGUCAGUUUUGUUCCUUUCUCAUUUUCCAAAAUGUUUAUACCACAUAGAAAGUGACCAAUAAAUAUUUCUGGAAUGAAUGUAAUAAUGAAUCCAAUCUAUUUUACUUAGUCAUUUGUAGAAGUUCUUUUGGUUUCCAUUGAUUAUUUUUAUACGUUAUUAAUAUGGAAUUAAUGUGUUUUUCAAAA